GGGCUGGGCGCGGAGGCGGGAGCGGGAGUGGAGAGGAGCUCGCGGGACGCCGACCCCGCAGGAGGGCCUGGGACCCCGGCGACGGCUGAAGCCGGCGGGCACGCAAGGUCUCCACGGCUUCCCGGACGUCUCUCGCGCGGCCGCCGGACGGGAAGACGGACAACAAAGUAACGACAACUCCGUGUGCUAAAUAAAUAGUAAAGGACGGAGAUUCUGAAGACAGGAGAAUUUAUUGCCUAUCUUGCUAUCCCUCUGGAGCACAUAAUCGAUUUCGAAAUGGCUGCAGCUCCUCAAGCACCAGGGAGGGGAUCUGUUCGUAAGACGAGACCUUUAAUUGUAAAGACAUCGCUGAACAAUCCAUACACUAUUUGCUGGAGCCCCCUGGAGAAAGAGGAUAUGCACUUUAUAUUACAGACUCUUGAGGACAAGUUUAAAUCUCUUGGAUUUCAGAAGAUUGAGGAUAAGAAGAAAAAGAAAAAAACAACUUUCCUAAAAAAACAAAGCAGAGAGAAAUGCAGCAUAGACGUUGAAAUUAGUGAGGAUCUGGAGGGGAAAAAUCCAGACGCUAACCAGCAAGUGUCAGGGUGGACACCUGUUCUUGUGAGGAAGCAGCUGGCCAUUGGCGUUAAUGAAGUUACCCGCGCCCUGGAGAGGAAUGACCUGCUUUUAGUGCUAGUGUGUAAGUCCGUCAAGCCUGCCAUUAUCACCUCCCACUUGAUUCAGUUAAGUUUAAGCAGAACUGUCCCUGCCUGUCAGGUUCCCCGGCUCAGUGAGAGAAUUGCCCCUGUCAUUGGCUUAAAAUGUGUUCUAGCCUUGGGGUUCAAAAAAAACACCACUGACUUUGUUGAAGAAAUAAGAGCUAUCAUUCCCAGAGUACCCUGCUUAAAUGUGCCAUGGCUUCAAGACAGGAGUGAAGAUACUGGGGAAAAUUUAGAGACUGAAUCUUUGGAAAGCCAAGACAAAGAGAUUUUGGAAACUUCAUUUGAAGACAUCUCAAAACAUAAGAGAAAGCUUGUUGAAGGUCAGCAGGCUUCUGCGGUCACAUUACAACCCCUUAAAAUAAAGAAACUGAUUCCAAACCCUAAUAAGAUAAGGAAACCACCCAAAAGUAAAAAAAGUACUUCAAAGUAAUCUUGUAUAACCUUGUCAUUUCAUAUAAUUUGUAAAAGGACACUUUGUAGAAAAGCCCUGAAACUAACAAAAUGAGUUACACAAAUUCUUAGGAUUCUGUUUGGUAAUGUUCCUUUCAAAUGUAUAAGACUCUGUACGGCACAUAUAUGCUGAAGCUUAAAAACACUAAGUGUAGAAAAUAUUCAAAAACAUAAAUAUCAAAACAAAAGUUUAUUGAAACUAAUGUCCAUGCUUAUAUAAAUUCACGUUUUUGAAGGCUGGUACAAUGCUUGUAAGCAAGAACAUCUGUGUCCUAUAACACUUAACAUUUCUCUAUCAAACUUGAAAAUAUGCCACAGUAAACAUGGUCCUAGUCAGGAGGGUAGAUGAAACUGGAUUGGAGAAGCAUCAGUUUGAAAGGAAAGAUACUAAAUGCCAAGCAAUACAUUGUCUUCAGAAGCAAUACAUCGUUUUUUUCUUCGUCAAUUUGACCUUUGUAGGUACGCAUAGACACAGAGUUGGGAAAGGCUAUGGAAAAGGCAGGUGAGGUAUUUUGACUAGUUAGAAUUCACCCUUUUAAAUGGUUAAUUUUCUGUCUUGGAAAUUUAAUAUGUGUAAAACGUAGGCUGUAAUGAGGUGAAGUGUGGCAAGAAGAAUAAUAAAACAGCAGCUUGGGUUCUCAGAGGUGGGGUCCUUGUGGUUAGGAAAUGGAGCAUAAUGAAUGCUUUUUGUUAAAGUGUUUAUAGUUUGUUUGGAAAAGUCACUUUCUGUAAUUUAGGGGGAAGGUAUUGGAUUACCAAAAUUUUUUGGUUGACUCAAAUUAUAUGCUGCCUCUUCAUUUAAAUUUUACUUAGUGUCUUCUUGGCAAAGAAAAAAAAAGGUAUGGAGUGGAGUAUUUUCAUUACAGACAAAGAGAACAAUGUAUUUUUUUUGAACCUUUGAGACAGUUUAUAUUGCAUUUAAGUUUAGUUUUAAUAGGUACUUUAUAAACAGGCAGUUAUUGAUUUUCUAUUUUAAAAUGUUCAUUGGUAAUCUUAAAUUAUAGAGGCAAAUGUGGCUAUUAAUGUACUUAAAAAUAAGUAAAAAAUGUAUCUUUAAAGGAA